AUGCUAACGACUGCCGCGGUGCGCCGUCUGAUGGAGCGGUUACACGCAGCCAGUGUUAAGUAUAGAACUAGCACAAACCGGAGUGUGGCUUUUCCUUAUUUAUCUCGACCUUUCUUUCUUUCAUUGUUUUCCUUUCUUUCUUUCUUUGUUUUUCUUCGUUUAUACAUCAUUUGUUUGUUCUUCCUUUCUUUCUGGUUCUUUGAAACUUUUUUUAAAGAAUUUCAUUUUUAUUUUUUUGCGUUCUUUUAUUGCUUUUCUUGCUAUCAUUGUUGUUUGUUUGUUUCUUUCUUUCUUUUGAAUCCUUUUCUUUCUAUCAUUGUUUGUUCGUUUCUUUCUUUCUUUUGCCUCCUUUUCUUUCUGUCUAUAUUUUCUUUACCGUUCUUUCUUUUCGGUCAACUUUCUUUCUUGCUUUGCACUUCCUACUCAAGUGUAAUUUACACUGAAAUAUUCAUUCUUUGUUUCAUUAAUUCUUCUUCCUGGUUUUCUUUCAUUUUUUUUUUCCUGCUCGAAAUUCCAGUCUUUCAUCAUUUCUUACCUGAAAGAAUGUCACUUUCGUUCUUUCUUUCUUUCUUUCUUUCUUUCUUUCUUUCCCACCUUUGUUUUUGCUCUUUCUUUCUUUCUUUCUUUCUUUCUUUCUUUCUUUCUUUCCAAGCAUUGUUUUUGCUUUUUCUUUCUUUCUUUCUUUCUUUCUUUCUUUCUUUCUUUCUUUCUUUCUUCUUUGCUGUCAUUCUUUCUUUCUUUCUUUCUUUCUUUCUUUCUUUCUUUCUUUCUUUCUUUCUUUCUUUUGCUUCCUUCUGUUUUCUUUCAUUACAUUCUUUAUUUUGUUCUUUUUUCUUUCUUUCUUUGCUUUCUUUCUUUCAUCGUUUUCCUUUUUGUUUGUUUGCUUUCUUUUGUUCUUUCCUUUCCUUCUUCAUGAUUUUUGUUUUCUUUCUUUCUUUGCUUUUUUCUUUGCUUUUUUCUUUCUUUCUUUCUUUCUUUCUUUCUUUCUUUCUUGUGCGCUUUCUUUCCUUGAUCUCUUUCUUUUUCUUUCUUUCUUAUCUAUCUAUCUAUCUAUCUAUCUAUCUAUCUAUAUAUCUAUCUAUCUAUAUAUAUAUAUCAUUUCUUUCUUUCUUUUUUUCCUUCGUUCGUUUUUCUAUCAAUUUGUCAUUCAUUUUUCAUUUUGAAUUAAUUCUUUCUUUUUUUUUCCCCACAUUUUGCGUUCCAUUCUUUCUUUCUUUCUUUCUUUCUUUCUUUCUUUCUUUCUUUCUUUCUUUCUUUCUUGUUCCAGUCAUCCUUUCAUUGUUUCUUUCUUUCUUUCGCUUCCAUUCCUUUUCUUUUUUUCUUUCGUCUUCUAGGCAUUCUUUCAUCGUUUGUUUGUUUGUUUGUUCUUUCUUUCUUUCUUUCUUUCUUUCUCGUCCAUUUGUUUGUUUGUUUGUUUCUUGCUUUCUUUCUUUCUUGUCCAUUUCUUUCUUUCUUUUUCGCCCAUUUCUUUCUUUUUUUCUUUUUUUAGCAUUUCUUAUUGUUCAAGCAAUGUGUUUCUUUCUUUCGUGUUCCAAUAUUUCUUUCUUUUUUCUUUACCGUUCCAGUCUUUCCUUCAUUUCAUUUGUUUCAUUCGUUCUUCCUUUUUUGUCCCAUUCUUUCUUUCAUUGUGUGUUUAUUUGGUUCGUUCUCUUUCUUUUUCUAGUAUUCAUUUUUCUUUCUUUAUUCAAUGUAUCUGUUACUUUCUUUAGUGUCCAAAUAUAUGACUCAUUCUUACUUUCUUUAUUCUUUCUUUUGCGUUCAAUGUUUUUCUCUCUUUCAUUCUUCCUUUCUUUAAUUAUUUUUUCUUUUGCGUUCAAUGUUUUUCUCUCUUUCCCGUUGUAUUCUUUCUUUCCUCAUUCAUUUGUUUGUUUCAUUUUUACUUUAGCAUUUCAAUUUUUUUAUCUUCUUUAG